AUGACGUACCCGCUGAUAAAAAAGACCACCAACAACAUUAAUGAAAGCCAGCAAGUCGACAAACAGGGCACCAGGGUCUCGUCGCUGAGCUCCGUGGAUUCAGAUGUUGGACUGCCAGAACUAGAACUCCCUGAGAAUUUCGGGGAGGUUGUGAAAGGAAUCUACCGCAGCUCGUUUCCUCAGCCCUGGAACCUUCCGGCGCUCAGAGCUCUAGGAUUACGAACCGUCAUUACCCUCGUCGACGAGCCUUAUACACAGAGCCACGAGAAUUUCCUGAAAGAGAGUGGCAUCAAUCAUCAUCGCAUCCCGUUCAUUGCGAACAAGGAUCCUGCUGUCAAAACACCAGAUCGUGUCGUGAACGCCAUUCUGCGACUCAUGCUCAACAAGGCCAACCACCCUAUUCUCAUCCACUGCAAUAAAGGAAAACAUCGUACUGGGUGUGUGACUGCGUGUUUUCGGAAGCUACAAGGUUGGGACAGGCAGGACAUUCUCGACGAGUAUCUCCGCUAUUCUCGCCCAAAACAACGACUGCUAGACGAGGUGUUUAUAGAUGAAUUUGACCCCUCAACGCUCUCUCGACUGCCCCAGGUUUCUGAUGCAAAGUCGUGGGAACGCUCCGGAGCCUACAGCAAUAUACCACAAAGGAAAGACCAGAACUCGCCUGAGAACAUUCUUCAGCCCGCUUGUAAUGGUAUUCGUGUGGCUUCUUAA